UAUGCAAUCCCGACAAGUGUGCGACAAAAGGCGAAGCGGUGUGAUUGUGUUUGGUGCAUUAUGUAAAUUGUAUUAAAUAUUAAAUUUAAAAUAAUUUAAAGUGGAUUAUAAUGGUCGCUGAGUUGCAGUUAAAGGCGCAUAUACACGAAGGCGAUAUGCCAGUGAGAGACGACACGAAACGGCCACUCAUAGGGGUCAUAGACGAUGGAACGAAAACUGUCAGAUUUGUCGUAUACGAAGCUGAAAGAGCAGACGAACUGACAUCCUACCAGCUAGACAAGACAGAGGUGCAGCCACAAGAAGGAUGGUCGGAACAGGACCCCAUAGAAAUCUUACACCAUAUAAAAGAGUGCGCGGAGAAGACCAUAGAACAGUUGACUGAGUUAUGUUAUACCAAGGACGAUAUAGUUACAUUGGGUAUCACAAAUCAGAGGGAGACGACGAUAGCAUGGGACAAAUUCACAGGAGAGCCUCUACAUCCAGCGAUAGCAUGGAACGACAUCCGUACAGACUCCACCGUAGACGCGAUCCUGGCUAAGGUCCCAGAUAGAAAUAAGAACUACCUGAAGAACAUAUGCGGCUUGCCUAUCAGUCCUUAUUUUAGUGCUCUGAAGAUGCGCUGGAUGAAGGACAAUAUUAAAGCGGUUAAGAAAGCUAGCAAAGACAAGAGGCUGCUAUUCGGCACUGUCGACUCUUGGAUUGUUUGGAACCUCACUGGUGGUCCCCACGGCGGUCUCCAUAUAACAGACGUGACAAAUGCUUCCAGAACACUCCUCAUGAACCUGGACACCUUGAAUUGGGACCCUAUGCUGUGUAGGUUAUUCGGAGUACACCGAGAUUGCUUACCGCAAAUUCUCAGCAGUUCACAAGUCUAUGGCGUCGUCAAAGAUGGCUCUGUGUUAGAUGGAAUUAGAAUAUCAGGAAUUUUAGGCAAUCAGCAAUCAGCGUUAGUGGGCCAGAACUGUCUCCAAGCGGGUCAGGCGAAGAACACAUACCGAAGUGGCUGCUUCUUACUAUACAAUACCGGGCCGCGGCGAGUGCACUCCAGCCAUGGACUGGUUACCACGCUAGCAUACCAACUAGGGCCUAAUGUGCCGCCUGUGUACGCGUUAGAAGGCUCAAUAGCAGUCGCGGGAGGCGCCAUGAAAUUCCUGCGGGACAAUCUCAGACUAAUCAGGGACGUGUCACACGACACGGAACACAUAGCGGGACAAGUGUUCUCUACGGGGGACGUGUAUUUUGUUCCGGCUUUCAGUGGAUUGUACGCGCCGUAUUGGAGGAAGGACGCUAGAGGAAUAAUCUGUGGACUAACAGCGUUUACAACCAAAAAUCACAUAAUAAGGGCAGGAUUGGAAGCUGUGUGUUUUCAAACUAGGGAUAUAUUAGAAGCAAUGCACAAAGACUGCGGGCUGCCUCUCACGAAGCUUCACGUCGACGGCAAAAUGACGUCAAACGACCUGUUAAUGCAACUACAAGCAGACCUGAUUGGAAUGCCAGUGUUGCGAGCCCACACGUGGGAUAUGUCGCCUCUGGGCGUGGGCAUCGUUGCCGGCAGUGCAGCGGGCGUGUGGAGUAUGGACAAGUGGCGCCGCCAGGCGUUGCCCACCGAGACCUUCUUGCCCACUACUACGCUUGACGAUCGAGACUCGCGGUACACGAAAUGGAAGAUGGCGGUGCAACGCUCGCUCGGCUGGACGACGACCAGAAAGUCAAUCGCGAUGACAGAGGAACGCUAUAAACUGCUGGCUUCCAUUCCCGCCACUUUAUACCUUAUAGGCAGUUUCACGAUGCUAGUCGUUUCAAAUAUGCUCAACAACACGUGAAAAUGUGAAUGCGACUUUAUUUUUUAAGCUUCAAGUGUCAAUUUUGGAUAUUUAUUUCCGAGUAGGUAUAGCUUUAUUGAAAUUAGAAUAAUUGUCAAAUACAAAUCGAAAGGGACUCCAGUAGAGUAUCUUUUUAAGUUUAACUGUUGUUAGAUGGGUGUUAAGGUACAUUCAGCCUAUACCGUGCCCUGUCGAACUGAGCCAUAUUAAUAACUGAAUUAUAGGAAAAUUUAAUGAUGUAGAUAGAAUAAAUAUAUUUUAUAGAAAUAAGCUGAACUGUAUUAUAUGUCGUCUAAUCUGUUUGCCGCAGCUGUUGCACGGUGUAGUGUGAAUAUACCUUUAUGUAGGUAAUAAAGUCAGUACCAAUUCCAAAUUUUGUUGGUUAGUGAUGUAGUUAAUUGCUUAUUUUGUUAUUUUGUGAUAUUUUACGCAAUUUGUUCAAUCAAAAAGUGCAUUUUACAGCAUUUUUUAAAAAUAUUAUGUUUUACAGUCACAUUUUAUGAUUCAUGUUGCAUUUUAAGUAUGUGGUGAUGAAAAUCAGAGUGUUUGGUCCUUCGAAUGAGCUUAUAUGCCCUUGAAUGUAAUUUUUUGCCAUGUCCCUACUAAUAUCAAAAAAUGUCCACGUUUAAACUGUUUGGGGUUUUUAAUCGAGUUUUAACAGUUUGUACAGUCUGCGUCAAAAAGUUCGCAACACGUCUUUGUUACAUUUUGUCAACUUUUUGGCCACUUUGGGUGUCACGAACUAUAUGACCCUGACUGUAAUACGGACUUUUGGAGAUAGUGGACUGUCAAACUUUGCCACCGUUUCUCGAACUUCGACUGAUAUUUUUUUGUUAUUUUAUAUUAAGCAUCAACGAAUCAUUUCCUUACAUAUCGAUUAAUUUA